AACAAAAAGAUAGUAGUAGUAUAAUAGACAAAAACAACCAUCCAGCAACAUAGGGCCUUUGUUUGCCAAACAAAAUGCAAAACCUAGAGAAAAGCAGCACACCAUAUAUAAGCCAAAAUUUCUCAAAGAAAAGUCCAGUUCAAUAUCAAAAUAAAUACAAUAAAUUAAAAAAAGAAAUUUAGUUUUAAAAAAUAAAAUAAAGAAAAUCAUAGUUUUUUGUUUUUGGUUAGAAGAAGAGGCUGUUCUUCAUACGUUUCAUUCCCCAGUAUAAAAAAAAAAAAAAAAUUAACACAAAAAUUUGACGCCUCCUCUACCCUUGAAACAAACUCAAACAAAACCCUAAUUUCUGGGCAUUCAUAAAAAGAAGGCAUUUUUAUUUUUCGAGCAAUCUUUCCUCCUCUGUAUUCUCUCUCUGCAUCGCUUUCGUUUUUUUUCCUUCUUUCACUGAAACUUUCUCUCUCGUUUUCUUUCUUAUUAUUUCCUCUUAAUUAAUCCUUUUUUCCUGGAAAAAGAAACACAUUGUUUGGAUUGGGGGACGGUGAUUUAAAAAAAAACGAUUACGUUUUUUAGGCAAUAGCCAGGAAUCGUAGCGGGGAUUAGGGUUAGUACUCUCUCUUUUCUUCUUUCUGCCUUCUUGUCAUUUGUCUAGAAUUUUCAAAUUUCUUGUUACCUUCAAACCCUAGCAGUUGGAAUUUAUAAUUAAAAUUUAAAAUAGGGUUUUUAAUCUAUAGACUAUUUUUCCUGCGUUAACUAUUGUUUUGGUAUAGUUCUUGUGCGUUUGUUUUUGCCUAAGUUGGGUUCAGAUUUUUUUUUUCUUUUAUUGGGAAUAUGAGUCUCAUUUGAGACUGGAAAAUCAACAAUCUGCAAAUCCAUCUUUGAAAAGAUGGAGAAAUAGGGUGAUAAUUAAAAUAUAAUAUCCUGCCAUUGCCUUUGUUUUCGUUGUGUUAACAAUCUGUUUCUUUUGAUCAAACAAUUCCUUCUUUUCCAUUUUUGAAUGACCCAGGCCUUGAGGCCUUGAUUUUGGUCGACUAGGGAUAGGCUUAGGGAUUUUGUCUACGAAAAUUUAAUUUGGUCAGUUAGGCUUUGAAGAAGGUGGAAGAAGUGGUUCUUUUUUCCUGAUGAUCAUGUUAAGUAUCCCUAAUGGAAAGAAGUGAACCAGCAUUAGUUCCAGAAUGGUUGAGAAGUACUGGCACUGUUACUGGGGGUGGCAAUUCAGCCCACCACUUUGCUUCCUCUUCUUCUCACUCAGAUGUUUCUUCGUUGGUGCAUCACGGGAGACAUAGAAACUCUAGGAAUAUAAGUGAUUUUGAUUCCCCUCGUUCAGCAUUUUUGGAUCAGACAUCUUCGUUGAAUUCACGGAGGAGUUCUAAUAAUGGUUCUGCAAAGCAUGCUUAUAGUAGCUUUAGUAGGAGUCACCGUGAUAAGGAUCGAGAAAGGGAUAAAGAGAGGUUGAGCUUGGGGGACCAUUGGGACCGUGAUUCUUCUGACCCUUUAGAAAGUAUCUUAACCAGUAGGGUUGAGAAAUUAGGAGGUAUCUCGACCAGUAGGGUUGAGAUAGAUACAUUGCAGCGUUCUCAUUCUAUAGUCUCUAGGAAACAGGGUGAGCCUUUGCCUCGAAGGAUUGCAGUGGACUCAAGAGAUAGUGGUAAUAGUAACCAUAACAAUGGAAAUGGUCUGCUUUCCGGGGGUACUGUUGGGACUAGCAUCAGCAAGGCUGUGUUUGAGAAAGAUUUUCCCUCACUUGGAACUGAAGAGAGGCAAGGGGUGCCUGAGAUAGCUAGAGUUUCUUCUCCUGGUUUGAGCUCAGCUUCUCAGAGUUUGCCUGUUUGUAAUUCAGCUUUGAUUUGUGGGGAAGGAUGGACCUCAGCUCUGGCAGAAGUGCCUAGUGUGGUUGGAAGUAGUGGCACAGGUUCCUUGCCUGCUUCCCUAACCAUCUCCACCUCAGGUUCUGGGUCUCCAAGUAUCACAGCUGGUCUUAAUAUGGCUGAAGCACUAGCACAAGCUCCUUCACAAGCCCGUACUGCUCCCGAGUUAUCUGUCAAAACUCAAAGACGAGAGGAACUGGCUCUUAAGCAAUCAAGGCAAUUAAUACCUGUGACACCUUCGAUGCCUAAGGGUUUGGUUCUUUAUUCAGUGGAUAAAUCAAAAGCCAAACCUGCAGUCAGAACAAGUGAGUUGAAUAUAGCUGUCAAGAGUGGGCAGCAGCAACCUUCUUUGAUUCAUCAUGGUAACCAAUCUCCCCUUAGUGGACAUGUCAAGUCUGAUAUGCCAAAGACAUCUGGGAAGCUUUUGGUUCUCAAACCAGGAUGGGAGAAUGGGGUCUCAUCCCCUACUCACAAAGAUGUUGCUAGUCCAACAACAAAUGUGAACAAAAGAGUUACAACUAGCCAACAUGCUGUUGCUACUGUUACAUCUGCUCCUCUAAGAAACUCAAACAACCCAAAGCUUUCUGUUGGGGAACGCAAGGUGGCUAGCUUGAAUCCAAUACCUGGGUUCACUGUGGAAAAGAAACCUUCUUUGGCUCAAACCCAGAGCCGAAAUGAUUUUUUUAAUCUCUUGAAGAAGAAAACCUCAACAAACAUGUCUGCUGGUCUCUCAGAUUCAGACCCUCAUAUUUCAUCUUCCACCACAGAGAAAUCUGAAGUUUCGAAGGAAGUGGUCAGUGCUUCUGUGACUGCUCAUGCUAAUGAGAAUGGUACCGCAGCAACUACGAAUGGUGGCACCUGUCAAGAUGCUCGAAGAUUUUCUGAUGAUGGUGAAAAGAAUAUGAGCUCCACUGCUAUGGUUUAUCCUGAUGAGGAAGAGGCUGCAUUCCUUCGUUCCCUUGGCUGGGAAGAGAACUCUGGUGAGGAUGAAGGCCUUACAGAAGAGGAGAUCAAUGCUUUUUAUCAGGAGUGCAUGAAGCUGAGGCCAUCUCUGAAACUGUGCCGUGGCAUGCAGCCAAAGCUGGCUCAAUCUUUUGCAGCUAAUUUGGAUGGAGCUACUUCUGAAUUGAGCUCAUCUGACUCUGGAUCUGAAGCUUGACUUACUCUGUCCCUACAUAGUAAAUCCAAAGAAGUUCCAAUUUUUUAUGGCAGAUUAGUUUUUUCUUUUUUUUUCCCCCUCAUUUUAUCUCUUUCUUGAUGUCUUCUGUUUGAAAGAAAGCUGAUGAGUUGGGCGUGGGAGGGGGUGGGUUUUGGUUUGAAUGUGAAGUUUGCAAAUAGUGCAAUAAAUCCUGCCCGCCUAUAACAGAGAAUUCUUUAGGUUUCUAAGGUUGGUUGGUUCAUGGUUGAGGAAAGGAUUGAUUGGGGGCUAUUUUGUCUGCAGUGGGGAAGAUGCUGGAAAGUUGCGUCUUUAGGGAUGUUUUGUCCUUUUAGUUCCUUUCCUUUCAAGAGGGUUCAAUUUUACAAAUAGCUUAUUUGUGUUUUUGUUCAAUUUUAUGGAAAGAAAAAAAUCAAAAAGUUCCAUUUUUAUCUUAGUUCAUGUUACAUACUUAUUUUUCAUGGUUAUCCCUUCAUUCUUUUUAGCCCAUGUUUAUAUAUGAAUGCUGUAGUUACACGUGAAUAAAGUUAGGAAAUGCUAUUGGGGAUUAUGUCGCAUAGCU